CUUUCUGUUCUCCCUUCUUUUCUCUUUCCAUCUUUAUCUCCUCCACAUCUAAAUUCCAUGUUUGCCAUUUUUUUUCGAAUUAUUUUUCUCGUGUUUAUUUUCUUAUUGUAUAUUGUCAUCCAGUGAUUCUAGCCUCUCACCGCCUGCCAUUUCUGAAAUCGGUUUGAUGCGGGCCCGAUAAGCGAUUGAACCUCAUAACCUCCAACAUCGUACCUUAUCUGCGUUCACCGAACACGAAUGCAAGAAUAGCACUUGCUCUGACUCUGAUCUGAGCGCCGAAAUGUCUUCAAGCAUUGAACUCUGAUCAUGACGACGCCUCGGCACCAUGAAUACCGCAGCUGCCCAGCCGCCUCCGCCUGGUGGUAACCCGACACCGCGACCCAAGCCAUCGGGCACACCGAGUUUGCAAUCCGAGCCGACCGCGGCACACAAGUCGCGAUCAAGCCAGUCUUCGGCACCGACAGAGACCAGCACUCCAUCACAAGAAUUAGGGGGACCUCGCCGCGGGGCCCGUACAACAACAACGGACCCUCUCUCGGACAAGACGACGACCUUCCUGAUCCGCCGCAUCCUCUGUCCCCAGCAGGCCGACAAGGGCAAGAGUUCGCCGACGUCAAUAGAGGGACUCUUGCCGCCCCUGACCAGCCGCAACGAUGUGGAUCUGCAGCUCUACGCCCUCAUUGCCAUCAUCCUGAGGGACUUCGUCCAGACGUGGUACGCCAAGAUCACCCCCGACGAGACUUUUGUCGCCGAGAUCGUCCAAGUUAUUGCCCACAUCACUCGCGCACUCGAGCAGCGGCUGAGGGAGGUCGACCUGGAGAGUUUGCUAUUCGACGAACUUCCCGAUCUCCUCGAAAAGCAUGUGACUGCCUAUCGAGUGGCUCACGAUCCUAUCACCCAGCCUCCCGUCAGGACGGACCCACGCGAAAUCUACCAUUCCCUGUGCCCUCUUCCUGCUCUUUCCCCGGUUCCGCGAUCAGAGGACCCUGAAAGCAUCGCCGUGCAGGCCGAGAACGAAGCAGCAUAUCGCCAACUGCUAGUCUACUCAUCCUUGGCGAUCCUCCUCCCCACUGAAGACCUCCAGAACAGCUGCCUGACGGCCUUGGUUGGCCAGAUAUUCUCUGAGCUAAUUCUCGGGAACGCACUGGCCAACAGGCUAUCAGAACCAUGGCUGAUAUGGGAACUCCUCAUCAUCGCGUCCAGGAUGGCUGGACGACCGAAUUCUAUCGACGAGGAGCAUAGUCUGGGCCAGUCCAGCAAUGGAUCACAGGAUAACGGGAAGCGCUUUUCAGCCCACACCCUGUUCUGGACCACCAUGCAAUGGUGCUUUCUCGCCAUCUCAUCCAUCAGAGCAACCUUUGCGGUCCUGAUGGCGUCGGUUUCUUUGCCCCCGCGGUCCUCUCACGGCACAAGCAUCAAAGACGCAACCCGGCAAAAUCCCAGCCAGGGGCCUGCUCUUCGCAUUCGGCCUUCGAAUGCGGACCCGCAACCAUCUAAGACGCCGUCGCUGGCCUUUCGAUGCUGGUCAGCUGUUUCGAAUCUUGCCGAACUGGACAUUCGGAUGCCGUGGCUCCACGGCGCAUUGUCGUUGCUGCAGUGGCUGGCCAUCAUGGGGCCAGGACGAAUCGCUGCCUUCGACGGCAAGCUUGACAGGUAGGAGGAUUAUGUUCACUUGUCAUUCGGCCUACGCUGUGGGCGACUUGGUUUGUCACUCCGCCUGCAUGACCCGUCAGUCACUGGACCUGACAUCGGUCAACGGUGCGAAUCAACGUCAGUUGCGCGGCUCUUGGAUGUUGCCAGUGCAACACAGCAGUUCUGCGGCUCACAAUCAUGUCGUCGGGCACACAAUCGGAGCUUUGUGAGUCCUCGGCCAGCCGAGGCGGAGGAAGU